AUGGCAGCACGAAGCGCCGCCCUCAAGCUCGACUGGGCCAAAGUGACGUCCUCCCUCGGCCUGCGCGGCCAGACGGUGGCUUCGCUGCAAGCCUUCAAGCAGCGCAACGAAAAUGCCCGCCGCAAGGUGCAGAUGCUGUCAGAGCAGUCCACCGAGGUCGACUUCGCCCACUACCGCUCCGUCCUCAAGAACCAGGCCGUCGUCGCCGAGAUCGAGAAGCGUUUCUCUGCCUUCAAGCCCGCCACCUACGAUGUCACACGCCAGCUCAAGGCCAUCGAGGCUUUCGAGGUUGAGGCUGUCAAGAAUGCCCAGGCUACCAAGGAGAAAGUCGAUUUGGAGCUCAAGGACCUCGAGAUGACGCUCAAGAACAUCGAGACGGCGAGACCGUUUGAUGAGCUCACUGUGGACGAAGUUGCGGAAGCCGAGCCCUCCAUCGAUGAGAAGACUGCCAAGCUUGUUUCAAAGGGUCGCUGGUCAGUUCCGGGAUACAAGGAAAAAUUCGGAGAUCUCUCCGUGCUAUAG